UCCGCGCAAAGCGCGGAUUUUACACUAGUAGCACCGUACAAUAAUCACCAAGGUUCAAGGACUAGGAAAGCUGAACUUGUCCCACAAAAUUAAGAUUUUUAUUUGAAAAUCUUUGUAUGAUCGUCUUUCGGUUCUUAUUCAGAUUCACUACUAUUAUCUAUCUAUAUUGCCAAUACGGGCCUGCUACACAUACAAGCAUACAAGCAACCAAGUUGGCCCAGCCCAAACACGAAACACGCGCACGAAAGAGAGAUAAGAUGCCGCGUCCAAAUCACGCGCUCAGCAUUCGAACGGUUACGUAUGGGAGACUCUUCCACUUCUUCCACUUCUUCCAUUUCUCAAGGCACUUUCAAAUCAACGAAACCCUCUCAUUUUCGAGCGAAGAUCAACUUUCAAAAUAUAGAAAUCGUAGUUCGAAAACUGCAUCAAAACACCAUCAACCUCUCUGUGAAGAAGAAUCUGAAGAAAAAACAAACCAAGAAUACUCAACUUUCAGAAAAAAUGGCAGCAAGAAACCAAACCAAAGACCUCAAAUGUGCCACACAUCUCCUGAAUGAUAAGUUCAGAAACAUGACUGAGGAGAAGAAGGCCAUUGUCAGGGAUCUUGGAUUCGGUGGGUUGAUGCACAUCCCACCACUGAGGGUGGAUCACCAACUCUUGAGAGAGUUGGCAAAAAACUUCAAACUUGGGGAGAACAAACUGAGGACAGGAUAUGGUUCUUUCCAUAUAACCCCGAAAAAAAUAGGUGAUGCGCUUGGCAUCAAUGCAACAGGAGAUCUAUUUCCUGAGAAAGUUGACUACAAGAAACUUUCUGAAUCUGACAAAAUAAUUUUAAAAGAUUCCAGGAUGGCGUUCCUUUUGCCAACGACGAUAAACAAAAUAUCGCCGGUGCACCUGGUCCCGAUUUUUGAGAUGGAGGGCAUAGAGGAGAGAAACUGGGGGGGGCAUGUCUUGACCUUCAUGAUCAGGGGCAUAACAGACUACCAGGAGAAGAAGAAGAAGGCAAUCAAUGGCUGCCUCUUCGCCCUGAUGAUAAUCUACUUUCACCUUUCAAAAAACAAACGCAACAACAGGGGUGAAAGACCACCAAAGCCAUGGAUUGCCAACUGGACUAAGGAGCAAUUGGUGAAAAGAAUGAAUGAAGAGAGAGAGGAAACUUUGGUGAGUAAUCAUAAUAAAAUGGACUCAAGAAAAAGAAAGCAGAGGGAAGAGGAGUCGGAUUCUGAUUCAGAAUCUGAAUCUGAACCAAGUGACGAGAUCGAAGAAUCAUUGCCUGCGGAGAAGGAGAAGAAAAAGAAAGAAACAAAAACAACUCCAAAAGAUGAGACAUAUGAAAUAUCGAGUGACGAACUCGAUGAAUGGCUAGGGGAAAACGUUCGUAAAUCUGCUGCAGAGGGGGACAACCAGCCUGACCUGGGAUCGACAGAAGAUCGCUAUGUGUCCUCUGAAACACUACCGGCUGUCAACUUGGGAAGUGAUGAUACUUCCUCUCAAAGACGCACAGAACAGAGUAGUGUAACCCUGCCGUCUCAGAGCAUGUUGACUCCGGACAAUUCGAAUAUGAUGGUUGUUAGGGAACAAACGCAGUCGGAAGCGCUUGCAAUAGUCCCGAUCCAAUUUUUUGUGCCGCCAUCCCAGCAAACAACCACUGACGCAGAUUCCGAACCAACCCCUAUGCUACAGAUUGAAGGGGCUAGAGAAACCACUCCUGAAACCCCCAAACAACAUCAAGAAACAACACCCAAGCUUCCCCCAGCUCCAACAAAAAUUCAUCCAGACGCCGAGGACGCUGCUGCCCUGUUGAUGAUGGCACGGACAGCAAGCUAUGUUCCUAAAACAGAUCUGCCGAUGCCAUCAUUCAGCCUCGGAUUGACAGAUUCAAGCCAGGAGGGGGCGUCGACGCAGGAGACAGAAAGGGAAAAAUCUCCAGAAACUGCAACUAUACUGGAACAAUUGGACAGUUUGGUCCAAAAGUUAGCAAAGGGAAAAGACGAAAGUCCGCAAAUUCGGAGGGAGACUGGGGGAGAAAGUUCUGCUAAGUUUGAAACACCGGGGGGAACAAAUCAAAUUCCGGAUGAUAUGAAAGAAAAGCUACAUCUGGGGGACGAGACUGAAGGAGGAUGCAAAGGGUGA